AUGACCAUUGGGUAUCGAGAGGUAUAUUGGAACGGUGUCGAAAGUCGCGACGAACUCUUUAUCGGAGUACGCCUGUCAGCAGAAGUCGAACGAGCUGCGUUCCAGGUACUAUUGGCCAGCAUCGUUCCAAUGGACCCCAAAGACAUACCAACUAAGGUACCCCGGUUGUCCUACAAGGAACCUGACAUCCCAGGCUCGUUUCCUGUUGACGAGGAUGAGGAGGACAAAGACAUGCACAGAUUUAACGAUGCUAGUCGCGCCCCUGAUCAUGGAGACGCCACUGGCUUGAUCACCAAUGAUGGCGACGCAAACGUCCCUGAGGAGGAGAAAAGCACUCCUUCCGAUACCAGCCACAACCAAAAUGUAACCCACAAGACUACCGUUCCGUAG